AUGCUCCCUGCUCGCAUGUGGACGACAACAGCGCCUAUCCUGCGGGCGUCGCGUGGUACUCGGGGCCUGCCAGUCCUUGUUAGAAAUUAUCCACGAGUUCGACUACCGACACCCAGCCUUUGUUCAACUCCCCUCCGCCAACUCUCAACAUCCUCUCCUCGACAUGCUCAAUAUACGCGCUUUCCAUCCGAAAAACACCGCCACCCGUCGGGAGGGGUGAUAGACAAUCGCAUGAAGUUUGCUAUUGCACUUGUUGCAGUUGGAGGAGCAUAUUAUGUCGUGCAUUUAGAACAAGUCCCUGAAACAGGUAGGUGGCGAUUUAUGGAUAUUAGUCCCAAGUACGAGACAAAUCUUGCACAGGCAGCAUAUGACGAGCUUUUGGCUGAAUUCAGGGCAAGAUACUACCUUCCAAUCAUCCUCGAGCCUCGCCGGUCACUAGUGGAAGCACUAGAUGACUUCUGGAGCGAAGACCCAUUUACCGCUGGAAGGCCUUCUGGAGAGUCGUCUACCCCAGAAAGCGGAGGUAAAGAAUGGAAUUUACUUGUUGUGAAUGAUCCGUCAUGUGUGAACGCCAUGGCCACCUUUGGAAAUAUCGUGGUUUUCACUGGAAUUCUACCUAUAUGCAAGGAUGAACAGGGUUUGGCUGCUGUCCUUGGACACGAGAUGGCCCACGUGGUUGCUCGACAUGCUUCUGAACGUUAUUCGUCCUCUAAAGUAUUCCUAGCGCUAGCGGUUCUUCUGCAAACUGUCUUCGGGUUCGAUUUUGGAAUCACCCACCUCAUAAGCACGCUGCUACUGGAGCUACCCAAUUCGCGGACUCAGGAAUACGAAGCUGAUACUAUCGGCAUGCAGCUCAGUGCAAAGGCAUGUUUUGACCCCCAAGCCGCUGUGGAAAUGCAUACGCGACUUGCACAAUUUGAAAAGGCGCAUGGAACAACAAGUCUGGAAUUCUUGCGCACGCACCCUGGUGCGGAGCGGAGAAUCAAACAUCUCGAGGAACUAAUACCAGAAGCCUACUCCAUACAAGCCAGCAGCCCUCAAUGCGCAGGUAUGCAAGGCUCUGUGAGCCGGUUUAGGGAGUUUGCUCCUAGAUGGUCGUAG